CUUAACCAGACCCGAGUAAUGCAUUUACAAAUACAACAAAUAAAAAAAGCGUGUCCUAAAACAUCAGGAUAAAAACGCGAUUCCUCGCUGGCCUCUGGUUUGAGUUGACAGAUCCCUGAAAGAUGACGUCACUGUCGUCGUGUGUGUUGCAAAUUGUGCUGAAUGUGUGGCUGCCCGAGUUCAUCAUCCGGGAUUGAAAACCCAGUCAGUCGUCCUUCUCAGUUCCCUUUGUAGGUGAAACCUAUGGGCCGGGUUUUGGGCGGGGCACUCUUACGCCAUUGUUGGAGGCCUUUGAGAGGUGGUCUUGUCCGACAAGCAGCCAUGAAGGCUUCUUCUUCUUCUCACACCUCCACUUCUUGUUCGGUCUCUCUGGCUCAAACCCCGGGUUUCAAGGCCUUGGCCGAAAAUCCCGAAGUGGACUUAUUAAAAACGCUUUUCGCCCGUCACGGCUUUCCCUUGCGAUUGGCAGGUGGGGCCGUUCGAGAUUUGCUGAGUGGGGACACGCCUCAGGAUCUUGAUUUUGCUACCACUGCCACACCCCACGAGAUGAAGACGUUGUUUGAGACGGAGUCGAUUCGCACCAUCAACGAAUUGGGUGAGAAACACGGCACGGUCACUUGCCGCAUCAACGACUCCGCCAACUUUGAGGUCACUACCCUAAGAAUCGACAAAGUCACCCACGGACGAAAAGCCGACGUGGAAUUCACCAAAGAUUGGGUCCUGGACGCCAACCGUCGGGAUUUGACCAUUAACUCUAUGUUCCUGGAUCUGGAGGGAAACUUGUAUGACUACUUCAACGGUGCUGAAGACCUCCAGAAGCGCCGUGUGGCUUUUGUCGGUGAACCCGAGAGGCGAAUCCAGGAGGAUUUUCUCCGGAUCUUGCGCUACUUUCGCUUCUUCGGCCGCAUCUCCGCCUCUCCCGAUACCUUUGAAGAACAAACCCUCGACGCCAUUCGACUCAAUGCCGCAGGUUUGGCUCAGAUCUCAGGGGAGCGGAUCUGGAUGGAGUGGAAGAAGAUCAUGAUGGGUCGAUUCUCGCAGGAGAUCAUGCUGCAAAUGCUGGACGUUGGUCUUGGCACUCAUAUUGGUCUACCCGAAAACCCAGACAUUGAUCAAUUUAAGACCGUAGUCCAAAGAGCACCGGAGAGUCACCCCAUUACUCGGAUCGUGGCCUUGUUGAAGGAUGACCGGGACAUGAUGCAACUCCAUGUACGCCUCAAACUGUCCGCUUUCGAAAGGGACCUAGGAUUGUUCCUUGUGGAGCACCGUCAAGAGUUUCCCGCCCUAGAAACGACGGCGUUGGAUGCAAUUAGACCGUACCAGUACAUGAUUGUGGACCACAAGGGUAAACCCAACGAUGUCCGCACGUGGGCAGAAGAGUUGCUCAAAUAUCAAGGCCAACCUGACUUGGCGAAACAGAUCAAAGAGUGGGACCCACCUCGAUUUCCCAUCUCUGGGAAGAUCCUUUUGGACAAGGGUUGUCCUAAAGGUGUGAUUUUGGGUGCGGUGCUCAGGGAGUUAAAAGAACAAUGGAAACAUUCGGGUUUCGAAGCCACAGAGGAGGAUUUACUUCAAGGCUUGGAUGCCGCCAUCUCCAAGGUGGAUUUAGUGGCCUUGCAGCAAAAGAAAGAGCCGUCGUUCAGUGCGAAGAAGCGUAAACGAGAGUUCAUUUCCCGAACGACGGAUUAGUCUAGUGCAAAGGAAGUGUGCACGUUUCUCAUAUGCACUCCUUGAUCUUUGGGACCCCUCGUGUGUCCGUUCGUACCUGCCUUCCCAAGUUAAACUUGUAUUCAUUGUAAUGUACCUAAAUUCACUUGCCCAUAUUGCUGAUUAAAGAGAACCCCGCACCCAAGAUCCUGCACACGAAUGUUACAUAACUUUGUUAAAACUCUUCUCUUGCAACUCUCUCUUUUAGA